AUGAAGAAACCUAAUCAUAUCUCUUCGCCUUCUCCCAAGAACAAGAUUCGGGAGAGUAAGUUUGUGCUGGUGAAGAAGAAUUUAAAGAGAGAUAAGGAUAAAACCCCGAUUUCAGUCGAUUUUUCUGUUCAAGAAGAAAACCCUAGUUUACCUAUAGGUCUUCAAGGAAAAUCCGAAGAAGAUGACAUUUUUGAGAUGUCCGGUGAUAAGAGGAGAAAGGAGAAAUUGUUGGAUGAAGCAAGAAAGACAAUUCUUAAACUUGGAUCCGGAAGAGUUUUGCAUUUGGUCAAGGCCUUCGAGAAUAUUCUCACAUUACUAGAUUCAAGUGAGGAUAAACUCGAAGAUCAGACAAACAACAAUCUUGAAAGACGAUUCUCUUCUACUUUAUUCAACCCAUCUGAUCUCUUACCUACUGUAGAAAAUCUAGGGUUGUGUUCUUCACUUGAUGGCAAAUCAUCUAAAAUCUCUGCCAUGAAUUUUCUGUUAAAGCAGAAGAAACAGAUUCAUCAUCUUCAAGUUUUGGAGGCAGUAGAUGGAAAAGACGAACACUCAAGGCUACCUCCCAGUUUAUGA